AUGUUCGGUAGUGGCUUGAUGUCGUGGCUGAGGCCCUCCGAGGCCGUGCCCGAAAGCAAAUGGAACCCCGAGACCCUGACGAUGGAGCAGCCUGCUAGCCCAUCCGGUCCCUCCAUGGAGCACAUUGUUACUGAGCAACCGCGCACUGGAGAGUCCAUGCAGCUGCAGAUCCGCGGUGGUGUUGUGCUGGUGUCUGCUGCUUUGAAUGCUGCGAAUGCUGCUGCGAUUGUUGCGGCGACGACGGGCCCGAUGGUCCUCCCCCUCCUCCCGGCCCGCCCGGACCUCCAUGAGUGAACAAUAGAUAGACUCGGAGAAGGUUGGUUCGCAUAGGAAUCGGGUCAUACGGUUAAGAGUUCCACCAAGGAGUUCUGUGUGACA